AUGGGACGGCGCCGGACAGCGUGCGCGAUAUGCGCAUCACUGAAGACCCAGUGCCUCGACGGCCGCCCUUGCUCUCGCUGUCGGAGACUCAACCUGCCCUGCACCGACGCCCAAGCGAAUAGGGCCACUGCAGCGAGUAUGCCCGUCCUCAAAUCCAGAAAAAAGGUCAGCCAUACGAGAUCCGCUAUGGGGUGCUCUAACUGCCGUCGACGUCGAAAAAAGUGUGACGAGAACUGGCCUAUCUGCGGUGACUGCUCAAGGUUAAGCUUACGCUGCUCUCCCCCCGUUUGUGUAGAGCCAACACACUCGGCUUCACCAACAGAGCUUGCACAAGCGGAAUACACGAUUACUCCCUCCGCCGAUAUUGCCACGGGGCUGAUUCUAGACCCGACUUUCAACCGCAUAUCUCUAACAUCAUGGGAUGCCAUGAGGGACCCUAGUUCCUCAUUUUCGGUACUGCCAAAGCCCUUCGCGGAGUGGGUUAAUCUGAUUUGCAGCGACAAUGAUGUCGGGAUGGUGAAGAUGGCGAAUCUAGCGAAUAGCACUGCGUCAAAGAACCUUACAUCCUCCCAUCUAGGCGGCGACGGGUUGGAGCAAGGGGUAGUUCUACCGUCCGCGGCUCUCUGCAAGCUAACGUGCAUCACGCCGCUAGCUCUACAGGACUGGGACAUUGCGCAAAGGCACCUGUUGAACCAUUUCGUCCAAACCGUUUCUCGAGCAUUGGUCGCGGUUCCAGACGAUCGAAAUAUUUUCCUCCGCACCCUGGUACCCAUGGCCCUUACAAAUCGCGCCGUGAGAUUCUCUCUUACUACUCUUUCAGCCUGCCAUAUUUCAAAUGUCUACCCGGAGUGGCAACGGGAUGUCAUGAUGCUGCAAGGUCUAGCCCUGGAGGGACUGAAAGCCGAGCUGCAGAGCCCUAGUAGGCUCUCUUACGCUCUGGUCGCGACCCUUCUUCUUUGUCUCACCGAGAUCUGCCAGGGCACCUCGCAGAAAUGGCUCCUGCAUCUUCAUGGGGCCAAGGCAUUGCUAGACAGCGUCGACGACUACUCCCUUGGCCUAAAUGCGGCCCUGAUGAAUAUCAUAGACGUGUACAACUACCUUUGCUGUGCGGCAUCAACGACAUCCGAUGAUGUGCCUGCCACUAUCGAAAGAGAAUCACUAAACGAAAGGGGCGGAGUCAGCGAAAAUAAUGAUGAAGCCCAACCCCUCGUGUUUGGGAUUCCCGAAGAAUUGUAUCGGUUGCUGAACCGCGCGAAUUUCCUAGCUGCCAAAGGCCGACACGAUGGAUGUGAUAUGGAGGAGAUCCGGGAGAUCGAGCGCAUGGUCAAGCGCUGGAAGCCCGGGCGUGAUCUGUCGGAAUCAUCCGAGGAGCAAGCAGCUGCUAUUGCAAUGCAGACGGCGUUGUUGAUGCUUCUACAGCAACGACGGGAACGAUUAGCUAACGAUGAUCCUAUGAUGAGAAAGAUGGCCAGCGAUAUACUGGUGGCUUUGUCGCAAAUCAGACCGGGUUCACCUCUGGAGGCGCGUAUUCUGUUCCCCAUAUUCAUGGCUGGGGUGGGGAGUAUGAAAAAGUCGAACCGGCUAACCGUCGAGUACCGGUUGAAUAUGAUGGCGACCAAAGGGCUCGGAAACGUAUUUGUGACGCUCAAAUUGCUUGAUGAUAUCUGGCGACGUGCCAACCGCGGCGACAUUGUGGAUUGGGAAGUCUUGCUACGCAGUGAAUAUCCUGGUCUAGUCUUUGCAUAGAAUUAAUCGUCGCGGUGUUUUUAGUACUACUGGGUUCUCAACCCAUGGAGCUUCCACCCUUCA